UGGAAAAAAGCGCCUGUUUUAUUCAUCGAGCCAACAUCCAGUCAGUAGUACGACAGUCAGCCUUGCCGCUGCAUUACAGCAGAGUGAGGAGCGAACAGAGCAGUACGGAGGGAACUGUGCGCAAGAGGAGGCGUUUAUGUGCGCUAUAGAGCUUGUGGUGCUGAAACGUGCUCAGUUGCACCGACGAGCGAAGCCCCGCUGAUCAAGAGAAACGGAGAUUUUUUUUCUAUGACCCCUAUACAGAGGAUUUACUCCAAGUACUUGGAUUGAUUCAAGACCUGCGCAUUGAAGCAACUUCAUUUGAACAGAAUUUUGUUGGGAAAUAUUAACUGAACACGGGAACGAUCGAGAGAAAGUUGUAAACUUUAAAGAGACAACCGGCAUUGAUGCUUAGACUGUGUUCAGAUGGCAGUAGAGACUUCCAGCUUCUCAGAGCUGAGGUUAACAUAAUCUGCUGUGUUUUUAAUUUUUUACCCAAUUCAAGAGGUGGGCGAGGACCAGCUUCCACAUUCAGUCCAGCCGGAGCUUUCGUGCGCACACUUUCAGUCUAGACUGCAGGACAAGUGUUGAAGACUCCGGAAAGAUGUUGACGUUUUACAUCGCAUUGUGCCUUUUAGGAACAGUGUCUCAAGCAGCCUACUUUUCCCAGCAGCCCCAGGACCAAGUAGUGGUUGCUGGCCAAUCAGUAACCUUGCCCUGUGUGAUUGUGGGAUACCGGGGCAUGGUGCAGUGGACCAAAGACGGCUUGGCGCUAGGCGGUGAACGAGACCUACCCGGUUGGGUACGUUACUCUCUGAUGGGAGACCCGCUAUCAGGAGAGCACAGCUUGGUGAUCGAUUCAGCUGAGCUUGGCGAUGAUGCGGUCUACGAGUGUCAAGCCACGCAGGCUGGGCUGCGAUCACACAGAGCCAAACUGACGGUGCUGGUGCCACCUUCAGAUCCUGUAGUGGAGGGAGGGCCAGUGGUCCGUCUUAAAGCUCAUACACCCCAUAACCUGACAUGCCGGGCAUCUGGAGCCAAACCUGCCGCAGAGAUUACCUGGUACCGAGAUGGAGAGAUAAUGCAUGAUGCCAUCUACUCAAAGACUUUGAUGGAGGAUGGAAAGAGAGAAACAGCGGUUAGCAUGCUACCCAUGGUGCCUGAGGACAGAGAUUCUGGACGUACAUACACCUGCAGGGUCCUAAACCCUGCCGCCCCUGCAGGUCGCCAAACUUCAGUUACCAUCAGUGUUCAGCAUCCUCCGUCUGUGACUCUCUCUGUUCAGCCUCAGACGGUGAUGGAGGGAGCAAAAGUGUUGUUCAUCUGCUCUGCCUCUGCCAACCCUGAGAUCACAGGUUACAGAUGGUCCAAAGGUGGGGUUCCUAUCUCAGAGGCCAAUGGUGACAGCCUGGAGGUGACCGUAGACCACUCUUACUUCACAGACCCAGUCUCCUGCGAAGUGUCCAACUCAGUAGGAAGUACUAAUGUCAGCACCUUGGUGGAUGUACAAUUUGGUCCCAAGUUGCUGACUGAACCGAAACCCCAGACAGUGGACAUAGGGAUGGAUGCUGCUUUCACAUGCUCAUGGACGGGCAACCCUCCCCUCACUCUGGCCUGGACAAAACAAGGCUCCAGUGUGGUGCUCAGCAAUAGUAACACCCUUCAGCUGAAGGCAGUUACACAAGAGGAUUCUGGGACAUACACCUGCAAAGCUAUCGUGCCUCGGAUUGGUGUGGCAGAGAGAGAUGUAACUCUAACUGUCAACGGCCCUCCCAUCAUCACGGCUGAGGCCACGCAGCAGGCCGUCAAGCAUUCCAAGGGCAAGCUGGAGUGUCUAGUGGGCAGCAGCCCUCCUCCUGACAAGAUUGUGUGGACAUUUGGAGACACGAUCUUGUCAUCUGGCUCUUCUGGUCGGUUUUCCGUGCAGACAGUACACAGUGACCGAGGGGUCCUCUCCUCGCUAAUCCUCUCAGAGACUAUGGCCCAGGAUUUCCAGCUUCGAUACAACUGCACUGCUUGGAACCGCUUUGGUACAGGCACGGCACUGGUCACUCUUGAAGAGCAAGAGGCCCUCCCCUUGCUAAUCAUCAUUGGAGCAUCGGUGGGCGGAGGCUGUGUCUUCAUUGUUUGUGUCAUUACCCUGGUUUCCAUCUGCUGCCGCCACACUGCUAAAGGCAAAAAGGGCACACGCCUGUCUAAGAGCGACAUCCGCGUACAAAUCGUGCACAGCGACCACAACGCAGCCAGAGGAAACGAUGAUGAGGAGGACGUGAAGGAGCCUAUGGCUCCCAACAGCAGUGAGUCUCCAGGAACGUCUCGCACAGAGCACAGCGACCUGCUGGAAGAGGAGGAUGAUGAGAGAUCAGAUAUCAAGGAUCCCACUAAUGGCUACUACAAUGUGCGGGCUCACGAGGACCGCCACAUUACAAGAACUGGGUUCUCCGAAUAUGUCCCUAAUGCUCGCCCAGUCUACACUUCCUCUCAGCUUCCCUCGCCGAGCCCCUUAUAUGGCCAACACUCCACUCAGCCUCGGAUUUAUGACUUCUCCCAGCGUUACGCCACAACCCCUGCCACACGCACCACCUAUGAGCAACAGCAGUCUCAACAACCACAGCAACAACAGCAAACUCCUACCAUCUAUCCUCAGGAUCCACUCUAUGCGGGCUCCGCCUACCUGCCCGCCACCUAUAGCCGCGCCUUCACAAGCUACGUCAAACCCGCAUCCUGCGAGAAGGCUGACGGGUACGAGCAUUCAGACCAGGCCAGCAAGGUGUCCAACUCCUCCCGUUUCUCAUACGCAUCCUCGCAGGUGUCGUCGCAGCAGUCUGACUAUGGGCGGCCCUCGCAGCAACGCAUGCAGACUCAUGUGUGAUGGCUCCCUCGAAGACCUGCUAAGGGUCUGGCAUGAUCAAAGACUUUCUUCUGAAUGGGUUCAGGAGGGAUUAAGCGAACUUUAAACUGAGAUUCAAGAGGCGGAAAAGCUUUAUUGCUAUCUUGAAGUGAAUGUUGGAUCGAUGGAAAACUUCUUUCGAAAGAACUACAACGUGCCAAGCUUGGAAGUCACCAUCAAGCUACUGAUUUUCUUCGUCCAAAUGUUGAACUUUAAGGGAAAUAAACAUCGUCCAUCAAUUCAUCUCUAUGGCACUGUAUUUCCAUUCAAAAAGGCUCCAGCAUUGACCCUUCUAGAUCUUGGAGAAGGAAAGCAGUGCUGUGGGGAAGGGCAGUGUCCUCAUGAACUAAUCUUUGUAAACGAGGACAAGCUCAUGACACUACGCUGAAACAAUCAAAAUGACAUGAACUUGCAAAAAAUCUAAAAGAUAAAAAAUAAGUGUUUGUUGGCAUGCUGAUGGAAUUGUAAGCACAUGUGUGUAUCAGUGACAACAGGUCUUGCCUACACAAAGUGGCUCAAAGUUCAAUUCACAAAGCAGGGGAGCAGAAGAAAGAAGAGCGCAUGCGCUCACCCUAAGAUAUUUCUUCAGAAGCUCUAUCUGUAGUCUGCACUGCUGUUGGGCUAGCAAGAGAGUAUUUAUGUAAAGCCUCAAUGGACCAGUGCAGGAAACUGGAAUCUGGAAUGCUUUGGUUAAAAAAAAAAAAGAAAUUAUGGACAAAAUCCAUAAAAUAUAUUUCUGUCUGUUUGAUGGAACCAAGAUUGGCCAAUCCCCAAAGAAUCAAAUUUAGAGGUGCGGUCUUUUUAAGCUAUAUUCUCAAGGACUUGCUGCAGAGUUCAGAGUAGAGCCCAUUUCGGGACCACGGUUUCUUAAGUCAAGCUAUGUACGGCAAACCUAAAUUACAGCACGGCCUUGUGGCGUGCAGUAAUAAUCUUGUAAUGUUCCUUACGUGACCACUGUAUGUUACAAAUACAAAGUGUGCCAAGGUGACUGUUAUGUCAUGCUGACAUGGCUGACACCGUCAGGUAGCACCAACAUGUUUACAUAGAAGAAAAAACAGAAAAAAGAAAUAGCAAGUGAAAUGCAGUACUGUCCAUUUCCACUUAGAGCCACUUCAAUGACUGUACAAAUUGUUGGGAAAUUCACUCCCGUCUGUUGCAUGCAGAUGAUGUGUGUACGUGAAUGUAAUCAGCAUUUCUUCUCAUCUGUUUGUUCCUUGUGUGAGAAACCGCUUACUGCACCCUACGUCUGUUCGAUCUUGGAUACCUGCAUUUGGAGGUUACCAUACUGCCAUUUUCCUUUGAGCCUGAAUGGUCGGCUCCAUUUGGAAAGAUAAAAAAAAAAAAAGUCAAAAUGAACUGUAAGAUAGGUGAAACAAAACAUUGGUUGUCUUUAUUUUUAUAUUUUAUAUAAGCCUUAAUGUACAGCGUGUAAGCUGCUCUAUUGUAAAGUACCUUUAUAUUAUAAAAUGCAUUUAUCUAUAUCUUUGAGUUGACUUCAUUUGGUUCACAACGGUUUUUACCCCCAUGUUACCUAUCAGUUUUGGAGAGGUGAAAGGUGUUACGUUACACAACUAAUUGACCUUUUCCUUCCGUUUCUUUCUUUUUUUUUUAAUAACGUUCAAAUAAUUUUAUUUGCUAAAAAUGAGCUAUUGUUGCUUGUAACUUUGUACACAUAUUUAUAUUUCAAUA